AGUUACGUUUUCGUUACUACACUCCAGUUGAGGUCAUACAACUGUCAAUAUGCUCCACAAUCGUAUGCACUACUUCAAUUAUGGUCGACGGAAUAGCAUCGAUGCCCAUCAUGAGCAUCAUCGUGGAGGUAGCAGCCCUCACAUAGAGAAGGAGGAGGAGGAGGGAGAGGAGAGCCUAUUCCCCGAUCGGGAGGAUACAGGGUCUCUAUCACCUCGAUCAGCUGAUGCUGGUGGCGGUACUCACAAUAGACGUGUAGGGCCUCCUCACGAUGGGCUGGACCAUAAAAGCAGAUGCCUCUCGAGCAGUAUCGCACCUUCAAAUAUCGUCCGAGACGUGUCCGGUGAUGUUACGGCAGAGGCGACAGCAAUAGACCAGGACAGGGGGGAGGGGGUCAUCUGUGAUGCAUGCCCAGGAUGCGAUGAUGUGUGCUCUCAAGUGAAGACCUUUUGUACUGUGUGUAGGAUUAAAGUGGAAGCCGCUGACCAGAAGAAUCCAUCAAGAGGAUAUUCAAUGAAGAGUUUCUCCUCUCGAGGAGGAGGACCUUUACGUGAGUUUACCACAUGUCAAGUACAACGGCAUAAUAAGUUGAAUGAUUGUUGGAUAUGUGCCCAUGGGAGAAUAUACGACGUUAGUGAGUUUAUGUUCCAACACGCUGCGGGUAUUCGGCCUUUAAUGCAACGAGCUGGUGGUGUUCAGGAUGCGAGUGUAGAUUAUGACUUCCAUUCAUCGAGGAGUCGCCACAAUGAAUGGAGGAGAUUGUGUAUCGGCCGAGUUGUACCCUGUCCUUUACGAGGGGAUCCCUAUGGAGUCACUAAAACGUCAUCAUCUUCUGAGGGUAGCGGUUGUGGCAUUAUGUGAAGCAUUAAAAGAUGCUCCUUCACGGGCCCUUUCCUCCUCGGCAUUAUUUAUUUCUAUUCAUUGGUAACACUCCUGUACAUCCUUUAAUAAUAUCAUUCAUACCACCACCACCGCCACCGCUACCACCUUGAAAACGUAACUAUCGAUAUUUGUACAACAUUUAGUCGAUUCCUUGAGGUUAGAGUCGUCUGGCCCUGCAGUGCCCAAGAGCGUCAUCUGUGAUGUUCUGGGCAUUCGACAGUCAGUACCUCUCUAUACUUCCUGCAUUCUGCUUCUAUCAGUAAACAGCGCAGUUGCUGCCCCCGACACCAUUCGUAUGUCUAUACUCGUACAGAAUUCUCGUCUAUACAGUACCCAUUCAUGGCGAGUACUCAAGAUUCAAUAGAACUCUCUGUUAUUGGGCUUCGACACCCGUGUUGGGUGGUGAACCACUCGAUGAUAGCGCU